UUGUGGUGGAUCGUUUAAAGGAAUUAGAAAGAGGAAGAGGACAGGAUCGAUCUCAUGAUGACUAACCUGCGCAGGCUCCUGGGAUCGAUGCUUCAGAGCUGGUUUCGGUGAGUCUCCUGCAGGUCUUGCGGACUAACAUGGAUCUGAGCUGCGAGGACUGGAUGGCAGCUCUGCCGGAGGAGCUGUGGGACACCCCGCUGACUGACCUGGCCAUUCCCGGGAGCCACGAUGCCAUGAGUUACUGUCUGGACAUAAACUCCCCGCUGGUCCCGUCUGAGUCCGACUCUUUCAGACUCCUGGAUCGACUUUUCUACUGUUUUACCAGACCGGCCAUCUUUAAAUGGGCUACGACACAGGACAAAAGUGUCGAGGAGCAGCUUUCGAUGGGGAUUCGCUACUUUGAUCUCCGAAUCGCACACAAACCCAACGACUUAUCCAGCGACCUGUACUUCACACACGUCAUAUACACACACCUAACAGUGCUGGAAACGCUGUCGUCUGUCGCCACCUGGCUGGAGUCUCACCCAAAGGAGAUUGUUAUUCUUGCUUGCAGCCACUUCGAGGGAAUCGAAGACAGCCUCCAUCAAUUGUUUAUUUUCUCGCUGAAGAAGCUGUGCUCUAAACUCUGUCCCUGCAAGGAAGCGGUCCUGACCCUGCGGAGUCUGUGGGCGUCCGGUUACCAGGUCGUCCUGUCCUACGAGUCCCAGAUCGCAGCGAGACAUCAGGAGCUGUGGCCUGCCAUCCCUUACUGGUGGGCCAACCAGCGCACGGCACAGGGAGUGAUCAGAUACCUGGACUGGAACAAAGACCUGGGACGUCCAGAGGGCUUCUUCGUCUCUGGUCUGAACCUGACAGCUGAUCGGUACUACAUCACCAAGAACCCGAAGCAAUCCCUGCGGACGCUGACCUUCAGUAACUGGGAGUGUUUGAGGAGCUGGCUGGAGGAGCAGGUACCCGGGUCGGACCCCCAGAGCCUCAACAUCAUCGCAGGAGACUUUGUGGGUCCACUUCCGCUCUGCUCUCUGGUCAUUGGACUGAACCAAAAACUGCUACGGAAAAAUGCCGUCAGAUAAAAAAAAGUUUAUUCCAUGGGCACUGAUCCCUGACAUUGCCACUGUAUACCUCAUCUCCUCUUUUACUUCUGUCCAUUUAAAUCCACUUUUGUAUACAUUCAAGGGAAGCUUAACCCCCCAAAUGACCAUUUUUAUAUCGAU